CCCUUCCCGCUGCUUGCUGUGCGGUAAGCUUUUGACUUGCUCUGACUCCCCUUCCCCCGACUCCACCGCCACCUCCACUUUUGGUCUUACCACAACACGGCGACAUUGAUCUUUGGAAAGCGCAUUGCACACACAUCCACUCAGCAUGCCUCACGUCAAGUUCGACCAGAACACGCUCGAGCCGCGCCUCGUCAGCCAUAGCAUCGAUCACUACAUCCGCAUCUUGACCACGCGCCGAAACCGCGACUACAUCAACAACCAGCCACCAGCAGUCCGCCCACCAUCCAAGACCUACCCAGCUGCUGUCUUCCCACCAACAGACAAAAAGAAGAAGCACAAGGCCACCUACUGCCUCCGUCUCAUCCGCGCUAUGGACCGCUACGACGAAAACCCAGCAGUCUACGACCCUUCUCAAGCCUCUCCACUCCCACCAAUUCUGCGCCUUCCUUCAGAGCUGAGCCAGAAGAUCCUCGACCACGUCCUCGACGACCAAGACGUCCUCUUCCCCCGCCCAACUUCUACCACCCAGGCCCUCGCCCUCACUUGCAAGGCUUGGGCAGCCGAUUUGCCCGAAGUGAAGAAGCUUUGGGACCGCCGCGAGGAGAAAGUGAGGGAGGAAUCGGGCAUGAAGAAGGCGGAUCUGACCGCCUAUAUGGCGGAUCUCCUGGCGCCACUGCAGCAUGCUUCUGCUGCCAUCAGCCAGACGAGGGUGACGGGGAAGCAGGCGGCCAGGAAGGCCAAGAGGUACAAUGAGAAGAGACGUCGGGCCCUGCGCCGCUGAGAGGUGUUUUCUCGUGUGUUUUUGCCUCCUCUCCGCGUGUUUUGGGGGCGCUUUUUGCUGGCGGAAGUUUUUGUGAUUGGCUUGGCUUUUGGUCGGUUUUGCGGAGAUACGAGAAAUGAAAGCAAUUUCAACCAAUUUUGUGUUCAAUUUGCUUGUGAAACUUGUGUGUCUCUGUUCGAAGAUGUGUGAGAGUGCCAAUGUGUGUGCGGACGGGCUCUGUCAGACAUGAAUGUUGGGAUUGAGUGGAGAAGCAACAACCUCUGUCUCCGCUAAACUCUCGAGUAGAAAGCCAAUGGGUAUAGAAAUGGGUUGCGUGCAGCCGUGGUAAUCGGGACGAGUGAACAAAUUAUAGCCGGUCUCUCCGCCAAGUGCUUGACCUGCAAGGCAAGGAAUGU